CCCUAGGUGCCGGAGAAAUCUUAUAUAGUGGAUGUGUGCAAAAUGGCGUUGAAUGCGAAUGCUAUGUGUUUACUCAGCACCGCCAUCAUUGCCACUAGUACAUCUUCGCCAUCUUCUUACGGAGCAGCAGUGCAUUCCUGCAGCUGCCACGACUUCAACCUUAAUGAAAAAUUUGUCUAUGAUUUUUUUGAUGACCCAAACGGCGAUUGCGUAUGCUUCCAUCCGGCCUUAUCCACCACCGUGCACCAUUGUUGCAAUUAUUACCCUCCUCUGGUUAUCCUCUUCUGCAUAGCCCUCUUUGAAGGCGAGACGAGUUUGACGGGACUGUCAUCGGGGAUCGCGCCCAUGCUGUGCCUGGUUCUUGUGCCCCUACUUUGAUAUCGGUGCUAGGGCUGGGGUUGACCCUGUAAGGUUUCCCCCUCGCAGUACUCCGACCGUGCCACAUCCUACUACUGCCAUACU